AAAAACAGCUUCUAAUGUCAGUAAAUUGUCAUUCUCUAUGGCUCUGGGGCGUAACAUUGGUGUAUUACUUUAACCAAACCUGAUGCUGUAUCAUGAACGCAUCGUGCAUUUCCAAGCCUUUCAGAAAACAGCUGAGUUACAGCUGCAGGCUGUUUCCCAGAUGUAUGAACAUCUGGACAAGCCAAAUCAUUAAUUAUAGGGCGAGGUUAACGUUAUUAUAUGCACUAAAAUUAGCUCAAAUACAGAACCGAAGUUAAGCUAAAUAAAUAGAUACAAAUUUAACAUUCAUUAGAG